AUGCAACCUUCAACCUUGUUCAGUUUUUUCUCUAUGCCAUUCCUGCAAUACCAAGCUCUCCAGCUAUGAAGAUGAUAAGGGCCACAUUUUUCCUUCUUCUUCUUCCUCUCCUAAUGACCCACCUGGGUUCUAGCCGCUCCGUUACAGAGAACUUGAGCUUCAAAUCUGAUGGUGUUGAUAAUACAAGCCGAUCAGCAAUGGUUGAAUUGGAUUUGAAGGCGUCAACGGUGACUUGUGAGCCAACUUAUGGCUUCUUACCAUGCACAACAGAGCUAUGGGGGCAACUCUUCCUCAUAGUGGUGUAUCAGGUCUUGCUUUCACUUGCACAGCAGUAUGUCUCGGUUGGCUCUGACCACUUCUUCCAGAUUGUUGGACCUGGUGUCUUUGGAGCUGGAUUAUUCCACGUCCUUGGCGCAAUCCCAGAAAUAAUGGUGGUGCUCAUGUCUGGACUUUCAGGAAGCAGUGAAACUGCUGCAGUACAGGCAACAAUGGGAAUGAGCAGUAACGCAGGAUCUGCCGUCAUGAAUCUUACACUUAUAUGGGGUGCUUGUGUUGCUUUUGGCAGCUAUGAUCUUUCAGAGGACUCGGCCGUAUCACAUGUGGAAGACAAGAGACCAAUAAGUCUAACUGGUUUUGGUGUUACUACUGAUGUUGAAACUAGCUAUACAGCAAGAAUCAUGAUCAUAUCCAUGAUCCCAUUUGUCAUUCUUCAACUAGCUACUAUUCUCCAUUCAUCUUCUGCGACACAUGUGAUAGUUCUAGUUUCUUUCAUAGUAACGCUCGCAUUAUUCUUUGCUUACUCCUUCUAUCAGGCAUUUGAGCCGUGGAUUCAGAACAGGAGAUUUGAGUAUGUGAUACAAAAGUUUGUGCAGGACAAGUUACUAAACGUCCUCUCAAGAAACGGCAAGCCCAAUAUACCCGUAAUAAAAAGGAUUUUUCACGAAAUUGACAAGGAUAAGGAUGCAUAUAUUUCGGAAGCUGAACUGAGAAUGUUGAUCCUAGGAUUACAGAUAGACAAUGGUCUGAACAAGGAUGAUUAUGUGGAAAAGGUCAUGGAAGCAUUUGAUAUUAGUGGUGAUGCACAUAUUGGCCAAGAGGAAUUUGUUAAAGGAAUUACAAAAUGGAUUUCAUUGGCUGAUCAAUCUAUUGGUAAUCGAAUUUGCAAGAAUUCUACCGUUGUACGUACUAAUGUUAAGAAUUCUCAGGAAGAGGAGCAAACAUUCUUGGUUCAGAGGAAGAAGAGUCAGAGUUCUAAUGUAUCAUGGUGGACUUACAUUCAAGCUGCAUUUCUUGUGGUUUUAGGAACUGCUAUGCUCACCCUGCUUGUCCGUCCCCUCAUUCAAAGUGUUGCUGGAUUUGCUACUGCUGCAAAUAUCCCUUCCUUCUUUAUUCCCUAUGUUGUGAUACCUGUGGCUAUGAACUAUGGAAGGGCACUCUCAGUGAUUAAGUCAGCCAGACAGAAGACACAAACAGCUAUUUCUUUAACUUUGUCUCAGAUGUAUGCAGGAGCGUUCAUGAAUAAUAUGAUUGGUUUAACUAUAUUCUUGGCACUUACCUAUUUUCGGAAUUUGCCAUGGGGUGUGUCAGCUGAAGUUCUGGUUGUUCUGAUUAUUGGCACAAUGAUGGGGCUCUUCGCUAGUUUCUGCACCAAAAUCCCUCUGUGGACAAGUCUCGUAGCCAUUCUUCUAUAUCCCUUGUCUCUCCUUCUCCUGUAUGUUCUUACCUCUGUUUUGGGAUGGUAAACUAAGAAUUGUAUUGAUUAUAUGUCCACAUACAAUACUCGAGUGCAGCAAUUUUAUGCACGUGAUGCCGAAGGUUAGGUCUGUAUCCAGUCUACCCGUCCCAGACCUUCAUUGAUGUUGCCACAAACAUCCCUGCUGUAUGUACCAUGUUUCUGUGAAAAUGUAUCAAAUGGAUGAUAUACUUUAAAUGCAGUCUAGCUACUUUCAUGUUAAUUGACACAAUUAACUUGCACUUUGAUAGUUCAUUUGUUAAGAGAGAUGGUCUUUCAAUUGUUUAGGUUUAUGUUAUAUAUGGGUGUUUCUCU